GCAGACGAGACAGGCCUACGGGAGAGAUCAGAUCCCCUGGGGACCGAAGGUAGAGUGGAGCGCAAGGAAGGGUCAGGUCUUCCUGAGACCCGCCACUAUCAGACUGAAUGGUCCUACUGUUUAAGGCAUGGUUUGGCCUAGGGAUGCCACUUUAAAAUUGGUUAUAUCCUCACUGCGGGAACUGUAAAGGAACCGAAAGCAGUCCACAUCGGGGCCUCGUUUUCUGGAAUAUGUGCUUAUAAUCCCUGGCCCAUCACAUUUUGAAAAUGCCAGCCUUGAAAGAACUGCUAGUUUUCCCAGUGCUUCUAGCUUUCUUUGGAUUGACCAAAUGCCAGGAAUUACCAAGUUAUGACAUGCUAGAGGAGUUCCGGGUGUCUAAGUCCAAAGGGGUGAGGAAAGUAGACGGAUCUGAACCUGAUUCAGUGGCCUACCGUGUGAACCCUGCCAUCCACCUACGCAAAACCAUGAGUGAUGUGUACCCCGAUGGCCUGCCAUCCGACUACUCCGUCAUUGCCACAUUUAAGGUGACGAAGGACGCCGCCAAGAGGUCCUGGAACUUGUGGCAGGUCAUCGACACUGAUGGACGUGAACAGGUGGGCCUCCGUUUCCAGGGCGACAUACGUUCUCUGGACUUCUUCUACACCAGCCCCCGUGGCACCCAGAUGCUGCGCACAUUCCACCGGGUGGAAAAGCUGUUCAACGGCGAGUGGCACAAGCUGGCGCUGCAGGUCAAGGGCGAUAAGGUCAAGUUGCUGGUGGAUUGCGAGGAGGUGAGCGUGGAGCCCAUCGACAAUCCCAGACCCAUCAUCCGCCAGGGUUACACCUCCAUUGUGAAGAGGGCUGUGGGAGACCGCUCCCUCUCAGUAGACCUCCAGCAGAUGGAUGUGUCCUGUGAUCCAGAGAAGGCCUACUCAGAGGGCUGCUGUGAGCUCUCCAGUGUGUGUGGAGGGUAUGCUGAAAUUGGCCUGACAGCAGGAAGGGCCACCUGUACGUGUAUGCAAGGACAGCCUGGCAGCCAGGGGCCCCCAGGACCAAAGGGUCACAGAGGUCUCCCAGGCAACAGAGGAGAGCCAGGAAGACUAGGCAACUGGGGAGGUAUGGGCCAGACAGGUGACUAUGGCCAUGUUGGAGAGCCAGGCCCUAAGGGCAUUGAAGGAAUCAAAGGAAACAAAGGGAUGAGAGGACUUCACGGCCUUGAUGGCGACAGAGGUUCCAAAGGUCUGAAGGGAUUACAAGGCGCCGGGGGCUUCAAGGGAACUCAAGGGUCACCUGGAGAGCUGGGUGAGACCGGAGAACAAGGAGAAACUGGAGAUCCAGGUCCACUUGGAUAUGAAGGAAUUCCAGGAUAUACAGGAGUGAAGGGAGAAGAAGGGCCCUCCGGUGUUGAAGGACCGGUUGGGGCACAGGGAAAGCAGGGUGUUGUAGGUGAUCCUGGAGAGACCGGAGCUGCUGGGGAAAAGGGCAAACCUGGUACCCAAGGAGCAAAAGGAAGAUAUGGCACCAUUGGACAAAAGGGCAUUAUUGGAGAUCCUGGUUUACCCGGGAGAGAUGGUGACAUAGGAGUAGAGGCUUAUCAAGGACCACAGGGCCCGGAGGGCAGAAACGGCCAAUUUGGAAUAAUGGGGGAGAAAGGAAUGCUGGGGCCGGCAGGGGAGAUGGGGCCUCAAGGCCAAACUGGCCCCAGAGGUUAUAAGGGAUCAGCAGCAAAGCCAGGAAGACCUGGAUUUAUUGGACCCCCAGGACCUGUCGGGCAUGUGGGAGUAGCUGGACGGCCAGGCCCCAAGGGAGAUACAGGCAUUGAAGGGAUCCAAGGUGUCAACGGUGCAAAGGGAGAAAAAGGAGAAAAGGGCCCCAAAGGAGAGGUUGGAAACGUGGGUGCACAGGGUCCCCACGGUGGUCGGGGGACGCGUGGGCCAGGGGGUGAGCCUGGACGCACAGGCCCAGUCGGCACUAAGGGGGUCCGGGGGGACAGAGGACCAGUCGGGUUUCAGGGUCCACCAGGGCCACCGGGCCCAACCCUCUCCGCUCAACACGUUAUUGAGGUCUGCAAGAGAGUGGUGCUGGAACAGAUGUCCACCUUUGCCAACUCUGUGAAGAGGACGUGUGCCGCCGUGUGCCCACUCUAUGGGGACGUCCCCAUGGGUGCCCCCGGUCCCACAGGACAGAAGGGACCACCGGGACCUCCAGGCGGUAAUGGUAUAAGCGGUGUAAAUGGAGAGAUCGGACAACCAGGAUUCUAUGGGGAGGCUGGAGACGCAGGCAAACAAGGACAGCCAGGUGAUCAAGGAGACCAAGGAGACCAGGGAGCGAAGGGUCAUGGCCUACCUGGCUAUAUCGGAGACCAGGGCCCAAAGGGCCAACGUGGAAGACCUGGCAGAGCCUUCAAUGGCACACCAGGACGAGAGGGCGAGAGAGGCCAUGUAGGCCGGCCUGGACUAAGAGGUCACCCAGGACUCCGAGGAGUCCCAGGCAUGUGUCAAACCACUGGGUGCGCUCUGCUAAACAACAACACAACCAACGGAUCACCUUAGAAUGCACCCCAGAGGUUGAGAAGACGCCCAUAGAGGCAAAGAGAAAACUUUUGACCAAACUGCGUUGAUGGAUUAUGAAAGGGGGAGAGGAGGAGAGGGGGGUGGGUGAGAGGUGGAUUGGGAGAGAGAAGAGAUUUUUUGUUGAUACUGUAAAUGUAUUAAAAUCAAAGUCAAAAUGCUUCAAUGUAAAUAUGCAUCCAAUCUCAACCCCGAAAAACUGAGAUUCACCCAUUUGACUUUCUCGAACAAAUCUGCUCUAGAAACUUGUACUGUAGGCCUUAAAACAACAUUCCAUUGUCAUGGUUCAUUAGAAAAAUACACCAAUAGCCAUAUAUUAUGUAAGAAAGUUUAUUUGACACAUUUUAUUAAAACUGGUCCUAGUUGUCUUCAAAUGUCACUUUUCUUUAUAAUAGAAGCCCAAAAAACGAUUACUAACUUAUUUUACUACAACAAUUCCUUCACUGUUUUCUUUGUUAUUAUGAUAUAUUAUUGAGAAUAUUAUAUUAUUAUGGAAUACCAAAUCAAGUGUACAAUUCAUUAUUAAACAAAUUGUUCAGCAAA